CAACACUGCUCCUGGCCCGUACUGAGUCUUUUUCAUGCAGCUGCCUUGGGGGAAUUAUUAUAUUCAGGCUGCGUCCAAAUAGAAAAGAUCUCUCUCUAUAGAUGGUAAAUCCCAGUAAGAAGCAUCACAGGGAACAUUCUUGAGAAGUCUAGUUAUACUGGGGCUUCAUUGACUUCAACUGCUUCAGGCUGGUAGUCAUGGACAAAACAUAUAAUUGGCUCUUUCUCAUCUUGCUGCAUGCUGCAAUUGAAAAUAGCAAGGGGUGCUACUGCGACCAUUAUCCAUGGACUCCCUGGUCUGGCUGUUCAAGGACAUGUAAUCAUGGAACUCAAAAUAGGCAUAGGCAAAUCAAGAUGGAUGAGUAUUACCAAAAAAACUUUUGUGCACAACUUUGCACCACCCAGGAAUCCAGAACCUGUAACCAGCAGAUGUGUCCAAUCAACUGCCGGCUUGGAGAUUUUGGUCCCUGGUCAGAAUGUGAUCCAUGUGUUAAAAAGCAAUUUCGUACCAGGUCCUUUAACCAACUAGCUCAGUUCAAAGGACAACCAUGUGAUGAACCCUUGGUGGAGUCCCGACCUUGCUUUCCCAUGAAACUCUGCAACAUGGAGGAAGUAAACUGUGGCAACAAAUUCCAGUGUGAAAAUGGUCGUUGCAUUAGCCGGAACCUGAAGUGCAACGGAGAAAAUGACUGUGAGGACAAUUCAGAUGAAAGGAAUUGUCCGCGUGUGCGGCCCGUGUGCACUAGAAGUCAUGAGAGCAUCCCUGGCGUGCACUUAAUGGGCCAUGGAUAUCAUAUUCUGGCAGGAAUGAAUCGAGGUGAAGUUCUUCGUAAUUCUUUCAACGGAGGCAAGUGCACACUUGUCAAGACCAUUGAUGCAAGGAAAACAUAUCGUGUUCCUGCAAACUUAGAGUCUGUUUCCUUUCAGGUAGUGAAUGAAGAGGAUGAGGUGGCUUCGGAGUUUUACAAUGACUUGACCCCACUUGAAACCAGCAUUUCUAGAGACAGCUCUUCCUCUAGCUCUGGCAAAAGGCGAUCUGGGAUCCCACUCCUGUUCUCCAGGAAGACAAAAGUGCAGGUCACAUCUUCUUCCUCCUUCAAGGAAGCAAUCCAAGCUUCACAUAAAAAGAACUCCAACUUUAUUAGGAUCCAUAAGGUAAUAGCGGUAUCAAACUUCACAAUGAAGGAGUCAGACUUGCAGCUGUCUGGGGUGUUCUUACAGGCACUUAACAGCUUGCCCCUGGAGUACAACUAUCCUCUCUACAGCCAGAUAUUUGAGGACUUUGGGACACAUUACUACGCAUCUGGGUCACUGGGAGGCAUGUAUGACCUCCUCUAUCAGUACAGUGCUGAAGAGCUGAGAAAUUCAGGUUUAACACAGGAAGAAUCAAAAGAGUGCAUCCGGACAGAAACAACCAGGCGUGUCUUCUUCAAAAAAAAGAGGAAAGUGGAAACAAGGUGCACCACCAACCGAAUGGUUGCUCACCAUGAAGGUUCAUUUCUGCAGUCCUCUGAAAAGUCCGUAUCAUUCACCAAAGGCGGAAGAUCUCAGUACGCCGCAGCUCUUGCUUGGGAAAGAAAAGGAGCCUUUCCUGAGCAUGCCGUGUUUACCAAUUGGCUGGAAUCAAUGAAGGACAAUCCAGCUGUGGUUGACUUUGAGCUGACUUCCAUUCUGGAGCUGGUAAAGAACUUCCCCUGUGCAGCAACUAAACGUCGUAAUCUCAGAAGAGCUCUUGCUGAGUACGCAGCACAGUUUGACCCAUGCCAGUGUGCUCCAUGCCCCAACAACGGCAAGCCAGUGCUGUCUGGAACCGAAUGCUUGUGUGUGUGCCAGGCUGGGACCUAUGGCAAUAACUGUGAAAUACGAGCACCAGAUUACCAUUCAGUUGCAGUGGAUGGUUACUGGAAUUGCUGGGGUUCAUGGAGUCCCUGUGACAGUUCCCAUAAGAGGCGGAGGAGCCGCACAUGUAACAACCCCUCCCCUCUAAAUGGAGGGAAGCCAUGUGAAGGCGAACGAGAGCAAGAGGAAGGAUGCUACUUCUCCAUAUUUGUUGACAAGGGAGCUGUAUGUGUAAAUGACGAUGAAGCAUCAAGGGAGGGGGACAUUGCAGUUGAAAAGCCUGAAUCAGGAUGCUUCAAACCAGAUCCACCAGAACAUGGAUUUAUCAGGAAUGAGAAGAACCACUAUAACUUUGGGGAAAAUGCUGAAGUUGUGUGCUUCAGUGGAUACACUAUUACAGGAUAUCCAUUCUUUCGCUGCCAGCCGGAUCAGACUUGGUCACAACAUCCUGUUGAAUGCCAGUUAUCUGCAUGUCGCAGACCAGCAGCCUCAGAUGUUGUCUCCAUUUUUCCCUUUAAAAGUGAAUAUAAAAUUGGGGAAACAAUUCGUGUAAGUUGUGCACCAACCUUUAGGUUGACUGGCCAUGCAGAGUACACUUGUGGAAGUGGCCCAUCCUGGCGUCCUGCUGUAGUGAGACUGCUUACCUGUGAGAAAGAAGAUCACCUUUAUUCUCAAAGCAACUGCAAACCAGGACAGAAGCAAGUGGCCUCCCAAUGUGUGUGUAUGAACUCCAGAGAGGACUGCAGACACUACUCUGAAGAUGUCUGCGUACUGGAUGCCACUUCUGAACAAGCACUUACAAAGCCCAGCUGCCCAUAUUUGGCUGAAAAAUGCCUGGAUCAGCAUUCAUUCCAUUUCCUGCAUUCUGGCCCCUGCUCAAGUAGGACCGAUGUGAGUUGGGCUAAAGAAAGGCUCAGAAUUGCUACAAACAGCAUAAAGAGAGAACCCUGUGGCUAUGACACAUGUUAUGACUGGGAGCAGUGUUCAGAGCUGCACGCUACAUGUGUCUGCUUGCUGCCUAACCAGUGCUCGCGGGGCGGGGAGCCCAUUUCCUGCGUCCAGAUUAGGACAAGAAAGAUAACAGCAAACCUCUGUAUGCUGGGGGCGUUGAAGUGCUCCAAUACGAACAUUGUAAUUUUACAUGAAGGGAGCUGUUCAAACUAAAAGAUGACAUGGAGCAUCCACAGCAUGAAUGGCUGGUUUUUGCUCUGGGCCUUCCCAAAUUGCUUUAAUUCCAGAAUCUGAGCAUCUCACUCCAGCCUUUCUCAUUCCUGUAAUCAACACAUACCUGACGUUCAUGCCAAUUCCCUUUUCUUCCACUGAAUACCUUUGAGCAUGGAUCAAAUACAUUGCACAUAAAAAGUGGGCGGAGCUUCAAUUGCACUGUGGCAGUCGCCUUCUUGACUUUUUUGACUUUACCCUGCGGAUGCCCCGAUCCCAUGCCUUCCAUUUGAUGGAAUUCAGUAUUUGAUUGCAAAUGUCCGGAGUAAGUGUCCAUUGGACAGUCCCAUUCCAAUAGUAUUUGCUGUCUAAGCUGGACCCCAAAUAGCAGCUGUCCCUUUGACAUGGCUGCAGUUUCUCCUCCCCAUUCUGAGAAGUCAGAUGCAUUUUUGUACUGCUUUAUGGUGCUCUUUAAAACUCCUGCUUACCUCUUCAGCCAGCCAGCAAUUCCAAAGCACUAAAAUGGAGCACUAGACAAUUCUCUGCUUCCUUCCUGGUUUUGCCAGGAAGCCAGAGAGGACAAAAACAAACAGCCCACUUAGACCAGCCAGAAUGCCAUAGUAGCAUCAGGUCACCUUUAUCUUGGGGGGGAGUUACAUCCAGGGCUGCAACUAGGGUCUGUGUCACCUGGGGCAAGCAUGGAUUCCAUGCCCAUUUUGGUGCCCCUCCAGUGCAGCACCCAGGGCACAUGUCCCGCUUCCCCCCCCCCCCCCAGUUGCAGCCCUGGUUACAUCUCAAGAACCAGGAAGUAGAAUGAUGUAGGAGUUUCUGCCAAGGGGGACCCACUCCCACCCACAUCAGCUACAGAAGAAGCACAGAAAAUCUGCCUUCCUUAGGGAUGCUGCAGAGCCAGUUAAUUGACUCUGAAUGCAAAGAAUGCAGAAGUACAGCAGGGUCCUGCAGACAUCAAAGAAUCUGAAAUUGGUUUAGCAAUUCCCUGUGGAGGGGCCUUCACACACCAGUUCUUCCUUCCUCUAUUUUCACCCCGCCUCCCUGCUCCUGCCACAGUGCCACUGCAGCAGCCUGGUUCAGCCUGGUCCAUAGCACAUCUCGGCUUGUCACGGGACAGCUGUAGUGCCCUGCUAAUCAAAGUAUAGGCUGGCAUGAUGCUUUUCACCUGGCUGGCAUCAUAUCUUUGGCAGGGGUCAGUGACAGAGGAUGUCAUCUGCAUUCCAAAAGAUCACUAGUUUCAAUCUGCCAUUUACAAUUUUUAAAAAAAUCUGAAAACAGAGGUGGAAAGACCUUGGCAAGCCAUCAACCACUUACAUAAAAUAGAUUUUCCCCAACCAUUUGCCCUCCAGAAGUAUAGGAACUGCAACUCCAGGAAUUCCUUGCCUGCUCCCGACAUCAGUACAGUACCAGGUCAGAUAAUAUUAGGGUAGGUGGUCCAAUGCUGUGGCUGCUAAUUCCACUUCCUUAGCAAGAUACUUCUCAAUUGAAUAUUACUAAUUUAUUUGCUAUCUAGAAUUAUUGGUAGUGGUACUACUGGUAUACCUGCAAACUGCACACUUGCUCUAGCUUGAAUUGUCAUAAUGCCUAAUUUGAGGGACAGUCUUUCAAGUUCAUGUAAAGGUAAAGGUAAAGGUUUCCCUUGACAUAAAGUCCAGUCGAGUCCGACUCUAGGGGGCGGUGCUCAUCUCCGUUUCUAAGCCUUGGAGCCGGUGUUGUCAUAGACACUUCCGGGUCAUGUGGCCAGCAUGACGACUCGGAACGCCGUUACCUUCCCGCCGAAGCGGUACCUAUUGAUCUACUCACAUUUGCAUGUUUUCGAACUGCUAGGUGAGCAGGAGCUGGGAUUAACAACGGGAGCUCACCCCGCCGCGCGGUUUCGAACCGCCGACCUUCCGAUCGGCAGCUCAGCGGUUUAACCCGCAGCGCCACCAUGUCCAAAUAUUCCUGUAGGGAAACAAUAUUUUAAUAAGACGCAUAUCUACUCUGAAGUCACUGAGCUCAGUGGGAUUUAUUCUCUGCUAAGCAUAUACAAAAUUGCAACCAAAUUCUGUUUUCAGAAAGGAUUAUAAUUGAGAAGUUGUUAAUUAACUCCCAUAUAAUGCAUAGGACAAUAUGUAGACUUUAUUCUGAACAAAAAGAUUAUUUGUCGUAUCUGUAAAAUCUGCUCAGCAUUAAUCCACUGUAACCUUGGGAUCACUUGGCUUAAAUUUCCCAACUUUCUGUUCUGUUAAAAUUUAACUAAUACAAAUAAAUGGCUGCCCCAAACAGCCAAUCACA